AUGAUCAUUGAUGUCCAGGUUGUGCCAAACCAAAUCGGAGCAAGCGACGUUCUUUCUAUAAAGACGAUUAUACAAAACAUCCUUUCUAUUCCUAUGGCGUCAACCACUAAGUCGGAUAUAAUCAUCUCAAUCCGGCAGCCUCAUCUUGAUCACAUUGUCUGUCUGAAGAAGAAUCAUGAAUUUCGAGCAUACCUUCUUCCAAGCACCGUUACACGUUUCUGGAUAUACGAACCAAGCCCAGUAUCUGCUAUUAAGUAUAUUGCAGAAGUAAGCAACGGAAAGCGCCCCGGAGAGGUUGUCGACGGUGGUUUCAUCCGUAAUUCCGACUUCAACCAAGGGAAGCUCGCGGACGGAAAAUUCGCGUAUGAGAUUCUGACAUUGGAAGCUUUGGAGAGUCCAAUCACUCUGCUGCAGCUGAAAGCCAACGGAUGGCUUGCUGGCGCACCACAGAAAUACUGCUAUGUUAAGGAAGCAAUGGCUCUUAGUCUGAGAGGCGUCAAAACUACCGCCAUAUCAUCUCAUUCUAGCAAAAUAUGGCCCAAUGAUGCCGCUGUGCGACCGGACUUGGAGAGUCAGACUACAACACGAGAUCUUCGUUCUUUUUUUCCCAAAGCAACCAGCAAUUCACAAGAAGCGAUCGAUCACUCUCUCUAG